CAGGUAAGACAGGAAGCAAGCGGGGUCAGAGAUGGGGCCAGGUUUGGGACCGCAGCUGGGCAGCUCGGCACCUCCACCACAUCUUCCAGGCGAGGGGCGAGCCGUGACCCUGGCUUGCCUUCAUCUUUCGGGACCCCGCGGCUGCCUUGUUCGGCACCUGCACGCCACUCAGAAGCGGCCCCACCCAACGCUCGUCCUGGCAGCCUUCGAGUGCCUGGCCUCGAGCCACCCCAGCCGCCUGUGGGAGCAGCUGCGGCAGUUCUGGGCCGACAACUUCUCGCGGCGCUUCUCGCCUCGGCGCCCGCCGCUGCGCCGCAUAUCCUCCAUGUCCACCUUCUACCUGCUCGACCACCGCACACGCCAGGCGGAGCUGGGCCUCAGCUACGGGGGGACCGGGGAAGCGCCUCAACGGGGGAGAGCCUUCCGGGUUCCGGAGGGGGGCCCCUGGACCCCCCGAAAGCUCCGGGGGGGGGGGGCCACGUCCAACGGGCCGCCAAUUGCCCUCCCGGGGUUUUUUCGGGGUUUGAAAGGUCAGGUUCCUAGCAAGUGCGGAAACCGGGAGCUGGUGGAGGAGAACAACUACCUGAAACUGCAGCAGGAAUUGCUCCUGGACAUGCUGACGGAGACCACGGUGCGCAUGCACAUGCUGGAGCAACAGUUCGAGCCCGAGGCCAGCCCCGCUACCGCGGCGCGCGCCUGGCAGGGGACGCGCAAGCGCGACGCCGCCAGCGCGGUGCUGCGGCUCGAGCCGCGCGCGCUGGAACCGCGGUGACGCAAUAAAGCCCGUGCCGCGCACGCGCGCCUUGCCCUACUCGCUGGUGGCGGCUGUGUCGGUGCGGGUCGCGUGGGGUUGGGGCCGGGAGUGCUGCCCGAGGCAGCAGGGCCUGGAGGGUGCUGGGCUGGGAAGGCCUGGGUUGUGGAGGAGGUGCAGGGGAGGUGCUCCAAGAUCCUGGCUCGCGGCAGACCGUGCGGGGAUCCGGGCGGCGGGGAGUGGUGUCCAGGCUGCCCGACGGAGCAAGGGUGAAGACUGCCAGGCUGGGCGUGGAUGGGGCGAGGGUCGAGGACUUUACACUUCUGCUCCAGGUGCCGGUGGGGGGGGGGGGCGGGGGGCGGGGUGAGAGCGCGAGAUUCCUGGGGAACCUUGGGCCCUGGCUGCCUCCCAUCUCUACCUGUGCUGCUUUUUGGAGCGGAAGGUGGCGCCUCUGUUAAGGGCCUCCGUGUCUCUCUCUCACACACACACACCCCACCCCACCCCACCCCCCUGCCACGGAACGUUUGCGUUUGCAUUAGUUGCCGGCUUCUCAGUGUUUGCAGAUGUCGCCUAAAAAUAAAUCAGCACUGGGGAGGGAGCUGUGGCACAGCAGGUUAAGCUCGUUUGCAGCACCAACAUCCCAUAUGGAUGCUGUUUCCAGUCCUGGGGCUGCUCCACUUCUUAUCCAGCUCCCUGCCAAUGCGCCUGGGAAAGCAGCCGAGGAUGGCCCAAGUGCUUGGGCCCCUGCAUCCACGUGGGAGACCGGAGGAAACUCUUGGCUCCUGGCUUUGAAUCUGCCCAGCUCAGGCCAUUGCAGCCAUUUGGAGAGUGAACCAGUAGAUGGAAUAACUCUCUUUUUCCUCUGCCUCUGUAAAUUUGCCAUUCAAAUAAAUAAAUAAAAAUUAAAAAAUAAAAUAAAAAAUUUUUUAAACCCAGCAUUUUUCCUGCUCUCCUGAAAAAUUCAGGAAGACUUGGCCUGAAGACUCCACGCCUUGGAGUACAGACAGUCCACACUGGCAAUGUCCACAUUCUGUAGGACUCAACCAUUUUUUUUUUUUUUUUAAGAUUUACUUGAAAGGCAGAGUUAGAGAGAGGAGAGGUCUUCAUCUGCUGGUUCACUCAUCAACUGGCCACAACAGCCAGGGCUGGUCCAGGCUGAAGCCAGGAGCCAUGAGCCUCUCUUCCAAGUCUCCCAUGUGGGUGCAGGGGCCCAAGCACUUGGGCCAUUUUCUGCUGCUUUCCCAGGCACAUUAACAGGGAGCUGGAUCAGAAGCAGAGCAGCUGGGACUCGAAUUGCCUCAUGUAUGGGAUGCAGGUGCUGCAGACGGCAGUUUAACCCACUGUGCCACGGUGCUGGCCCCAGGCCUCCACCAUUUCACUAGGGCGACCUGCAGACCUAUGAAAGAGGGUGGGGUCCCGACUUGCUUUCUGAAGACCAAACUACUGCUUCGUUUAAAAAUGUGUACUUAAAUUCUGCAAGACGACACAAAACCUGUCAUUAGACACUUCAAAAUGACACCUCUGGGGUAGGUUUGGCAUAGCAGUUAAGGUGCCUGGGCUUGAGUCCUGGCCCGGCUCAGCACCCUGGAAGGCAGUGACGACUGAAGUAGUUGGGUCUCCGCCACCCAUGUGAAGGACCCAGAUUGAAUUCCCAGCUUCCAGCUUUGGCCCAGUCCCAACUGUUGCCAGCAGUGGAUGGAAGAUCUCUGUCUCUCUGUCUUCCAAGUGAAUUGAAAAUAAAUGUUUAUAAAGGGUGAA